CAAAAACAAACAAGCAACAAUACUAAACGGGCCCAGGUUUGACUGCACUUUUUCGGGGGAACUGAGUGUGCGAGAGGAGCAGCCAAAAAUGGCGGACGCGAACCUCGCUUUCGGCACUCUUCUUCUACUCAUCUUCCCACUCGCCCUCCUCGCACUCUUGGCUCUAAUCGUCCGCCCACGUCCCGUCAAGAUCCCGUUGAAGAACCGCCAUGUGUUCAUCACCGGCGGGUCGAGCGGGAUCGGCCUCGCCCUUGCCCACGCGGCGGCGGCAGCGGAAAGUGCCAGGGUCUCCAUCCUAGCCCGAUCCCUCGACAAGCUGGAAGAGGCCAGAGACUCGAUCCGCCUCGCGACGGGGAUCGAGGCCGCGAUCUACGCGGCGGAUGUUAGGGAUUUCGACGCCGUGAAGAAGGCGGUGGAUUCCGCCGGCCCGAUCGACGUCCUGAUCGUGAACCAAGGGGUUUUCUUCGCGGGGGAGCUGGAGAAGCAGGAAUUGAGCGAGGUCCGGUUCAUGAUUGACGUCAAUUUGUUGGGGAGCUUCAAUGUCGUGAAAGCUGCUUUGCCAGGGAUGAAGAGCCGGUCGGAUCGGAGGCCGGUGUCCAUCGCUCUCAUGUCAUCGCAGGCCGGCCAGGUGGGAGUUUAUGGAUACACGGCUUAUUCCGCUAGCAAAUUCGGGCUACGGGGCAUGGCGGAAGCGCUUCAGCAUGAAGUCAUCGCGGAUGAUAUCCAUGUCUCUCUUAUAUUCCCUCCGGACACUGAAACACCUGGUCUGGCUGAAGAAACCAAGACGAGGCCGCCAUUGACAAGCAUCAUAGCAGCAUCAUCUGGCGCAAUGAAAGCAGAUGAAGUUGCCAGGAAAUGCUUCGACGGGAUCAAGCUGGGAAGCUUCUUCGUGCCUUGCAACUUCGAGGGCGCGAUGCUGGCCAUUGCCACAGCUGGUUUAGCCCCGCAGAGAUCGCCCUUGAUGGCAUUUGUCGAGGUGGUAGCCAUUGGUCUAAUGCGAGUCGUAGCUCUGUUUUUCCAGUGGAAUUGGUACGGAAGCAUUACGAAGUUUGCUAGCAAGAACAAGUGAUAUAGUAAGUCUCAAACUGCAUCACGUAGCCCUUUAGUUGGCUAUUUGGCUGUCUUCUUCUGCUGGGUACUCCAUUUUCUCAUUAUCGUAAUUGGGUUCCAUAAAUUCCAGGGUAAUUUUGGAACUUGUGCCUUGUCAAGGGUGAGGAGUUACGGUGCUAAUUGUACAAGAGUUAGCACCGUCCUAACCAAGGGUUAGUAGUGAUUUAGCUUAGAUGUUGUAUUGAUUUUAUAAUAAUCCGUAGUGAUUUCGUUGUUUUUAGUAGCGUUUUUUGCUAGUUAUCACGGUGCUAACCCUAUAAGGGUUAGCACCUAAUCCCAUCCUUGUCAAGGAGGUUCUGUUCAGCAAGCUUUCACGGAUCGACCUCAACAUUAGGAGGUGGACACUAUCCCUCUGGGUAUUGCUGUUGUUUCUCUGUUAGUUUGGAGACUGAUCAUCCCAUUUGACAGACCAAGAACAAAUUCAGUUUGUUUAAUUGUUGGGAUAUUUCAAUUUGACUUAGGUGUGCUUUGCUAAAGGUAGAGGAUUGUCCAUUCUGAUUUCGGGAAUAAUAGAUCAUUUUUCUAGUCUGGAG